AUGGCCGCGGGGAUGGCGGGGCUUUACGUUAUCCGCGAUCCGCAGGGCGAGGAGAGGCGGCUCAAGAUGUGGAUGCCACGUGGCGAGCGGCAACUGCACCUCGUGAUUGCUGACAGGAUUGUUCGGCGAGCGAUGCACCGGAUUCGCAUGGUGAAUGCAGCCAACGUGCGCACGUAUAACCUCACCUUCCAGUGCGCUGGCCGUGGUGACCACAACUUCAAUCCCCCUCUUGCUGGACCCGUGCUGCCCUUCUACCUGAUCGGCUCUCACGGAGGCUACCUCACCCGCCCCCUGUGCCGCUCGUUCCUGCUCAUCGUCCCGGGCACACGUCAUGACCUCUUUCUCGACUUCAACGCUGCACCGCCUAUCGGUUCCGAUGGUGGUUACCUCGCCCGCCCUCUGCGCCGCUCCUCCCUGCUUAUCGUCCCGGGCACGCGCCACGACCUGCUUCUCGACUUCAACGCUGCACCCGGAUGGUGCCGCAGUGUCAUUGUUGUCAACAGCGCCUCCAUCCCCUUCCCCAUGGGAGGGCCUGCUGACUGGUUCACGGGCGUGGUCAUGCGAUUCAUCAUCAACCAGCGCUCGCCCGUGAAGCCCCCUGCCCUGCCCAAGAGUCUUUCGCACAUCCCCCCGGUGGACCUCUCGCAGUCGGUGAAGCAGCGCUGGCUGACCAUAGUGUUUGUGAUCGACAAGGCAUCACAGAAGCCGAGCGGCAUGCUGCUGGAUGGCAAGACCUACAUGGAUCCUGCCACUGAGAAGCCCAAAGUGGGCACUUCGGAGCUUUGGCACAUCAUCAACCCGACAUUUGAGACGCACCCCAUCCACCUGCACCUCAUUCAGCACCGCCCCAUCUCCCGCCGUCCAAUCAACUCUGGCGGGCUAAUCAACGGCACUUGUUCGCUCGCACCAUCCUCUCCAUUCAAGCCCAGCUGCUUCACGGGGCCGGCCCGGCCUGUGCCGCAGCAUGAGAGGGGGUGGAAGGACACCACUGUUGCAUGGCCGGAUAGCGUUCUCACCAUCUUUGUGCCGUUCAAGGGGCAGGUGAGAUGCGGUGCAGUCGGGUGGGGAGAAAGGUGGUAG